UUCUAUUCAAAAAAUAAAAAAUACACAGAAGAAAAAAGAUAGAGAAAACUGAAAAAAAAAAAUACAGACAAAAAUAUAGAGAAAGAAAGAAGACAAAAGUGAGCUAAUAAACUCGCUUUUUUCUUCUUCUUUUUCAUAUAAAUCUUUAUUUGAUUUAUUCAUACAAAUUUAUCUCGAUCUUUUAUCAACAAAUUUUUGUAAAUUUAUAUAUAGUGAUAUUUGGACCAUAUAUUUAAUAAGAAUAUUUCUUUUAUUUCCCUUUUUGGGGAAUAUUUUCAUACACAGAAAGAAAGAUCAUUAAUAGCUUCUGGGUUAUUCCUGCUACAGGCAGCGCCACUUAUAGGGAGUGUUUAAGUAGUUUCUUUUUUAUUUUUUUGCCUAAACUGCCAUUAUUUUCUUUCUUUGAUGAUGCUAGCUACAGGCAGCGCCACUUAUAGGGAGUGUUUAAGUUGGUAUCAGUGUCACUAACAAAAGUAGAUGUCGUGAUGCUUUUGCAUGUGAACUAGCUUUUAUUCGAUGACUGCAAGCAAGAUAACUGCACAUUUGAAGUGCAUACUGUUAGCCCUCAGCUUCUCAGAGCUUGCUUUAUGAUUAGUUCUCUUUGCUGUCGCUACAUUGUAUUUCACAGGUCUCCACUCAGUUAUCCUUGGCUCUUAACUGGCAAUGGAAGAUGCGAAAGACCUGAAGCAAAAUGCUGCAGACUCCUUUCCAAAUGAGGAUCAAUCACUUAGUUCAACUCAAACCAGCCAACACGCGAAUGAAAAUGCAAACUCCUCUGAACAUGUAGGAGAGGAUUCUCAAAGCUUGUUGCUGGAAAAGAGCGAGACUCAUCCAACAGGAGCUUCGGUUUCAGCCUCUCCCGUUAAUUCUGAUAAAGCAAGUGGUAGUUCUGAAACCGGAGGUUCCCAACUGUCUUCUAGUCCUGUCGAUGGAAACACAGCAGCUCUAUCCGAAACCAGUCCAUCAUCCCUAUCAAAUGAAAAAAUAAAUGGUUUUAAUGGUAGUGUUCACAACCAACAACAUAGUACUUGUGAUGUUCCAAAAACUGACACAUUGGCCCUAAAAGAGGAAGAAACAAAAGAUUCUUCUGAACAUAUUCAAUCUAAUCAUUCAGGUGAAAAAUCAAUUAAUAAUUCUCCUAGUAGUACCCGAAGUGCUGAUGAUUCAUCUUUCACUUCCCCCGUCCAAGUGAUUAAACCUAAAAAUAAGAGUCGUGCAAAGUCAAUGGAUAACAUCGAUCAGCACCUAACCAAGGCGUCCCCGCUCAGAGUCAAGAUCGCAGGAACCGCUGCUCAGUCUAAGCAUCCUGAGAACUUUGAUGUAAACAGAGUUAAUAUCGACACAGCAGCACCAAUCCAAUCUGUGAAACAGGCAGUUUCAAAGUUUGGAGGGAUUGUCGAUUGGAAGGCUCAUAGACAACAGACAGUGGAGAGACGGAAUGUUAUCGAGCAAGAACUAGCAAAAGUGCAGGAGGAGAUCCCGUUGUAUAAGAAAAAGUGUCAGGAUGCAGAAGAUGCAAAAGUGCUAGUCCUGAAAGAACUAGAUAGCACUAAGAGACUCAUAGAAGAGUUGAAGCUCAACCUAGAGAGAGCACAAACGGAAGAGCAACAAGCAAGACAGGAUGCAGAACUUGCCAAGCUCAGGGUAGAAGAGAUGGAGCGGGGGAUUGCUGAUGACGCUAGUAUUGCAGCCAAAGCACAGCUUGAGGUUGCCAGAGCCAGACUUGAAGCUGCAGUUUCAGAGCUGCAAUCUGUAAAUUCUGAAUUAGAAGUUCUCCGUAAUGAUUAUCAUUUAUUGGCGUCCGAAAAAGAUGUUGCCGUGAAAAAUGCAGAAGAAGCUGUAUCUGUAUCUAACGAUGCUGAGAAGACAGUGGAGGAUUUGACUGUUGAGCUCAUUACUUCAAAGGAGUCUUUGGAGGCUGCACACUCUGCACAUCUGGAGGCCGAGGAACACCGAGUUGGAGCAGCUAUGGCAAGAGAGCAAGAUACUCUAAACUGGGAGAAGGAACUGAAGGAGGCAGAAGAGGAGCUUGAGAGGCUAAACCAGCAAAUUCUGUCUGCAAAGGAUCAUAAGGCAAAAUUAGAUACUGCUUCAUCUUUGUUACAAGAUCUCAACAAUGAGUUAGCAGCUUACAUGGAAUCAAAGUUGAAACAGGAGGCUGAUGAAGAAGAGAACUCGAAAGGCGAGCUAUUAGAGCCAGAGAAACGAAAUCAUCAUGAGAUACAAGCAGCGGUGGCGUCAGCUAAGAGGGAACUCGAAGGAGUAAAGCUCAACAUUGAGAAAGCAACAGCUGAAGUAGAAUGCUUGAAAGUAGCAGCAAUUGCAUUGAAGGAAGAACUGGAAAAGGAAAAAUCAGAACUAGCUUCUAUACAACAGAGAGAAGGAAUGGCAGCAAUUGCUGUUGCAUCUCUUGAAGCUGAGUUGACCAGGACAAAGUCAGAGAUUUCCGUUUUGAAGACAAAGGAAAAAGAAGCAAGAGAAAAGAUGGUAGAUCUGCCGAAGCAACUGCAAGAGGCAGCGCAAGAAGCCGACCAUGCAAAGUCACUUGCUCAAACGGCUCGUGAAGAGCUGAGGAAGGCAAAGGAAGAGGCAGAGCAAGCAAAGGCAGCAGCUAGCACCGCGGAAAGUAGACUGUUUGCAGCCAAAAAAGAGAUGGAGGCUGCCAAAGCUUCAGAGAAGUUGGCCAUAGCGUCUAUCAGUGCUCUACAAGAGAGUGAAUCAACCCAAAGCACUAUGGAUGAGACAACUGGAGUAACACUUUCUUUGGAGGAGUAUUACGAACUCAGCAAGCAGGCCCAUGAGGCAGAGAAACAAGCUAACAUGAGGGUGACUACAGCUAUGUCCCAAAUAGAAGUAGCCAAAGAAUCAGAAUUGAAUAGUCUAAACAGGCUCGAGGAGGUCAAUCUUGCACUGACUGAAAGGAAGGAAGCACUGGAAUUGGCACUACAAAAGGCCGAGAAAGCCAAAGAAGGAAAAUUGGCAGCAGAACAAGAGCUGAGGAAAUGGAGAGCGGAGCAUGAGAAAAGACGGAAAUCUGAUUUAAAGAAAACAAGCGCAAGAAAGAGUUUCGAGGAGAAUAAAGAAUCAAAAGCUUCUGAACAUGCACCAGAGGCUGCAGUACCUCAUCAAACCUCAAGUCCAAAAGAAAAUGUCCAAACAAGAAACAGUGAAACCGAUUCAUCUCCAGAAGUGAAGGUGCCAAAGAAAAAGAAGAAGUCCUUGUUUCCGCGCAUCUUAAUGUUUCUGGGCAGAAAGAAAGCACAGGCCAAGAUUCUAGAGGGCAAUAAGUUUGUCAUAGGUUUGGCUCUUUCAAUAAGCCUUUGCGUAUUAAAGUUUUUGGCGGCUUCAAAUGUUUACUCCUCUUAGUUCUGCAAAAAGCUAGCAGCAAAUUCAAAAGUUUGGCCUCCUGAAGAUAUGAGUUUCCUUGUGUUUGUUCCUAUGGGUUAUAUAGUGCAACACAUCAAGUUUUGCUAUCACUUGGCAUAUGUUUCAAUGCUAAUCGUCUCAUAGUCCGAGUUCUAAGUUCUUUAUUAUCCUAAUAUGUUUACCUGUUUGUAAUAAUAUCAUCCAUUUUUUUUUUUUUGCAUAUAGUCCUGAUUGUUUGUUGUAAUGAAUGGAGUCAAUUGUGCAGAAGAUUCCUUUGCAAUAUAAUGUAUUUAAGCUGAA